AGCAUCUCAUUGGGAUAAAGCCAAUUUCUAGGCCGCCUGUUCCUGCAGCCAUGACGCAGUUGACGUGGAGAAGAGACCAGGAGCCAGCUCACAUAGCUCUUGGGAGCUUGCUAAUGGGUUGGAAACUACAGGCUACAAAAGGCCCGCAGCCUCGUAGCUAUGUUCCAGGUCGGAUUCCUUUUAUUCUUCUAUACUAGAGCCAAUCGUUAUUAUGCAGUUUCCGCUUCUCUUGCUGCUUUCUCUGGCGUCCAGUGCCAGCGCCAGCUGGUCCAAGAACCUCAAUUACCGGUCGCCGUCCACCCACCACCCCGCGCUCGGUAUCGCGAUUCAUAAAGUGGUAAAGAGAAAUGAGCCAGGGAGCAGCUACCCUGCUUCUACGUUGAAUUUCACACACGGUGUCGCAUCUGGUGAUCCAUACCCUCAGAGCGUUAUACUCUGGACGCGCGUGGCUCCACAAAGCGAUAAUUCGCAGUCCAAUAAGACUGUCUCCGGAUAUGCACCCCUCUUCGACCACGAUAACGAGAAGUAUGUCAAAAUUUCGAAAGCGCCAAUCUGUGUAGAGUACAAGAUUGCCGCGGACAGGGACCUUACCAAAGUGGCAGACUCUGGCACGGUGUUUACCAGCUCCGAUGUAGACUUUACCGUAAAGGUUGAAGCUACAAAUCUAGAAGCGUACACUACCUACUAUUACCAGUUCAGCGUGUGCAAUUCGAACAACAAAAGUCCUCUCGGACGCACAAAGACGACACCCAAUGCCGACGAUGAUAUCACCAAGGUUUCCAUCGCCGUUUACAGCUGCGCUAAUUAUCCAUUCGGGUUCUUCAAUGCAUACGGUAACACUGUGCGAAAGGACUCGGUCGACUACGUUGUACAUCUUGGAGACUACAUCUACGAGUACAAGAACGGAUACUAUGGCUGGGGUGACAGUAUGGGUCGAAUUCCACUGCCGAACAAGGAAAUUUUCUCUCUCUACGACUAUCGCAAGAGGAUUGCGACGUAUCGGACAGACUUGGAUCUGCUCGCCAGCCACCAGCAAUUCCCCUGGAUUCCAGUUUGGGACGACCACGAAGUCGCCGAUAAUACGUACCGAGAUGGCGCCGCCGAACUCAACAACACGGAAGACUCGUUCAUGAAGGAUGGCGGCAUCUCGGUCGAUCAGCGAAAGAUGAACGCGGUCCGAGCCUACUAUGAAUGGAUUCCUAUCAGACAAGUCGAUAUGGACGAUAAUCUCCGCAUCUGGCGCUCCUUUUCCAUCGGCAAGCUGGUCGACCUCCUGAUGCUCGACACCCGCCAAUACGAUCGCUCCAUCACAGAUCUCUACUGGAACACCGACUACAUUCACAAGAUCUCGGACGAUGCCGGACGCUCGCUCAUGGGUUCGCGCCAGGAGAACUGGUUCUACCGCAAGCUUUCAGAGUCUGCCGAACGAGGAGCAACAUGGCGCAUCGUCGGCUCCCAGAUUAUCUUCUCUCGCAUCGACCUCGAGCCCUUCAAGGGGACAAAGAACCCGCUGAACUACGACACGUGGGACGGAUACCAAUCCAACCGGAACCGCACGCUGCACCACCUGUACAGCAACGAGAUCAACAACAACAUCUUCCUUGCCGGCGACUCGCACGCAUCCUGGGUGAGCGACCUCGUCUGGCUCGGCGAGAAGGACUACAACUCGAGUACAGGCGCAGGCGGCAUUGGCGUGGAAUUCGCCGGUUCUGCCGUAACCUCUCCGUGUCCAUACGGCGAGAACAUCACGCUUGCCAACGCGAACAACUUCUCCCGCAUAAUCGAGUCCUCGAACACGGAGCUGCAGUGGCAAGACCUGUACUACCGCGGCUACUUUGAGCUGCACUUCACGCACGACGAUGUGCAAGCCAACUUCUUCGGGAUGCCGGACAUUCGCACGAAGAAUGCGUGGGAGAUUCCGCUUGCUAACUUCACGGUGAAGAGCGGGGCGAAUAGGCUGCAGAGACCUGUUGCGGGGGGUGUUGUGGAGAGCGGGAGCUUGAAGUUUGGCAAGGUCGUGCAGAAUAAUUUGACUCUUGAUACGGAUAAUGGGACGUGGUUUGUCAGCCAUCCUAAUUAGAGUGUGUGUUGUAGAUGAGGGGAAAUGUGGAGGAUAUGUCAAACUUGAUGUAUACAAAGAUGUUGAAUUGAAUGGAAAGAGAAGGGUAUACAGCGCUACCCUACCUGGAUUCGACUGUGAAGUGCAGCUAUGAGAUUGAGUUGCCUGUGCAUUCAUUAUUCAAGUGCCCUACCUGCACGGCCAAGAGCCAUGUCUUGAGAAUACAGCUUCCAUCGGCUGAGAGGACGACUGUACAAAAGACUUCAUAGAAUAAAGGAAG